CCUGCUCUGAGUCCCCCCUCCCUGACGAUUUUGUCACUUUGGUAGAGGCCGCUUUGCCUUUUUUUUCACGCCGAGCGGAGCAAGAUGGCGGCUGUACUGCCGAGGACGAGGUGUAGUAGCCGCUCGGCAUGAACAUUUAUUUUUGAAAUAAAUUUAUUAAAACCAGACGGAAAUAUUUGAACGUCGGACUACAAGGGUCGUGCACUACUUCACUCCAUUACAAUAAUCGCCAUUUUUUAUAUUGUGUUAAGAAUUUUUCUGACAACAUGAUCACAUUGUAGUAGCUAGCUCACUAAACUAGCAAGCAUAUAGCCAGCCUACCACCGUAGCAAACGCAGGAGAAAGUGUAGAAUGGGAGAAAAGCUAGAACUCAAGCUGAAGUCGCCGGUUGGAGCAGAAGCUGCUGGCUAUCCGUGGCCGUUACCAGUAUACGACAAACACCACGAUGCUGCUCAUGAAAUCAUUGAGACCAUUCGGUGGGUGUGUGAGGAGAUCCCAGACCUUAAGCUGGCCAUGGAGAACUAUGUCCUCAUCGACUACGACACCAAGAGCUUCGAGAGUAUGCAGAGACUUUGUGACAAAUACAAUAGAGCCAUUGACAGCAUCCACCAGCUGUGGAAAGGCACAACUCCGCCCCUGAAGUUGAACAAGCGGCCGUCCAAUGGGCUGCUCAGACACAUCCUGCAGCAGGUGUACAACCACUCGGUCACGGACCCCGAGAAGCUCAACAACUAUGAGCCCUUCUCCCCCGAGGUGUACGGCGAGACCUCCUUCGACCUGGUGGCCCAGAUCAUCAACGAGAUGGAGAUGAUGGAGGAGGACACCUUCGUAGACCUCGGCAGUGGGGUGGGACAAGUGGUGCUGCAGGUUGCCGCAGCAACGAACUGUAAACACUACUUUGGUGUGGAGAAGGCAGACAUUCCAGCCACUUAUGCUGAGUCUAUGGAUAAAGAAUUUAAGAGGUGGAUGAAGUGGUAUGGGAAGAAGCACGGGGACUACACGCUGGAGAGGGGGGAUUUCCUGUCUGAAGUAUGGAAGGACAGGAUAGCCAACACAAGCAGUGUUAUUUUUGUGAACAACUUUGCCUUUGGUCCAGAAGUGGAUCACCAGCUGAAGGAGCGCUUUGCUAACAUGAAGGAAGGUGCGAAAAUUGUAUCAUCAAAACCUUUUGCACCUCUAAAUUUUAGAAUCAACAGUCGAAACUUGAGUGACAUUGGCACAAUAAUGAGAGUCGUUGAGCUGUCUCCGUUGAGGGGUUCAGUGUCCUGGACAGGGAAGCCAGUUUCCUACUACCUUCAUACAAUAGACCGCACCAUACUUGAAAACUAUUUUCAUAGUCUCAAAAAUCCUAAACUCAGGGAGGAGCAAGAAGCAGCUAGGCGUCGACAAGAAAAGAAUAGUAAAGACAGUAAAAACACCACCCCAACCAAGGCAAAGGAGCACAAGGAUUCCUGCGGGGAGGAUGAGCAACCGAGGCUAUUGGCAGUCGUGAAGGCGUCACCCAAACCCCGUCGCGCCAAACUCCUCAGCAAAGGCCGCAAGCUGAGCGCUCGGAAGCGCGGGCGUCCCAAGAAGGCUGCCGUGACUGCAGCUGAACGCAAGAGCAAGAAAAGCCAGAGUGCCCUGGAGCUGCUGCACGCCAAAACCAUCUCUGCAGCACCCCCUCAGGAUGCAUACAGGUCACCUCAAAGUCCCCUCUACCAGCUACCUCCCAAAGUUCAGCACUAUGCGUCUGGGCAACUGCUGCUGGGCCCCACUCCUCCUGGCCUACAACAGCUUCUAGACAACAUUAAAGUCCAGUACCUCCAGUUCAUGACCUACAUGAAGACACCUCAGUACCACAAUCACCUGCAGCAAGUCCUGGAGCAGGAGAAGCUAAAACACAGAGAGCUCUCUGGGCAGGCGGAGCAGCUGCAGACUGUGUGUCAGACCCACAAAGAGAAGAUCAAAGGCCUCUUUCACACCAAACUGGAUGAGCUGGGAGUGAAGGCCCUAACUGUGGAGGACCUGCUGCAGGCCCAGAAGGAGAUCUCAGCCCACAACCAUCAGCUGAAGGAGCAGACCAAGCAGCUGGAGAGAGACAUGAUCGAGCUGAGGGACCACAGCCUGCUCCUGUUGAAGUCUCGGUGUGAAGAGCUGAAGCUGGACUGGAGCUCUCUGUGUCUUGAGAGCCUGCUGAAGGAGAAGCAGGCCCUACGCAGACAGAUCUCCGAAAAACAGCGGCACUGUCUCGAGCUACAGAUCAGCAUCGUGGAGCUGGAGAAGAGUCAGAGACAACAGGAGCUGCUCCAGCUCAAGUCCUACAGUCCCUGUGAGGAUUCCCCUUACCGUAAGGGCCUCCCUCGCCCUACCCUGGACCACGACACCCCCAAACUGAGCCUGGUCGUGGCCGGCCUCAGCCCCGAACUGUCCAUCAACAACACCACCUCGCCCUGCUUUGACAGGAGGGCCACCAAGGGAGAGCUCCUCUCCCGCUACCUGCCCAUCUCGCCUGACCACGAGAUUGUGCCUCCCACCCCGGACGCCCGGCACAGGCAGCUGGGUCACCCCCUCCCUGACUACACCCGCUUCUCCCCAGCCAAGAUCGCCCUGCGCAGACACCUGAACCAGGACUCUAGUACUGCACACUUCAGAGGCUUGGGCUUCACUGGUCUCAGGGGGGAUAUGGGCGCCAUCACCUCUCCACUAGGCGCUAAACUGAGCUGCCUGUCUCCCAACUCAUCAGACAGUCAGCAGAACAACAUACUCAGGAGUGCUGAGAGGGUAACUGUCUGUCCUCUCUGUCCACACACUGACACACAGCCUACCCUGUUGACUCACACACAGUAUGUACUCUGUGUGUGUGUGUGUGUGUGUGUGUGUGAUGUCCAGGGGGGUAAGGAGAAGAGUCCAGCAGGGGGUCCGGGUGAAGCCAUCACCAGCCUGCCCAUCAGUAUCCCCCUCAGCACAGUGCACCCCAGCAAACUCCCCGUUAGCAUCCCCCUGGCCAGUGUGGUGCUGCCCAGCCGAGCAGAGAGACUGAGGAGCACACCGAGUCCUGUGUCCCAGACAGGCCAGACCAAUGGGUACUCCUCUAGCUUAGGGCUGAUGAACGGAGGCUCUCACUCUGAGGAACAGGACGGGGCUGCCCCCUCCCCUCCCCCUCAUGGUGCCCCUCCAAUGGGACCAACACAAGGCCACAGCCCCCCCCUCAGCACCGGAGGGGUCCUCCAGUAUGCCGACGGCACCCCCAGAAUCCUCCCUGAGGACAGGGCCGAGCGCCAGGGCGAGUCUGACUCUGAGCCCCAGGACAGCGAGUCCAGACGCCGCAUGUUCUUCUCUUCUUCCUCUUCAUCGUCUUCCUCCUCCUCUGGGGGCGCCGCUUCUCGCCUCCGCCUCGGCUCGGCCAGACAGAGCCAGCAUCACCUAGGUAGCCACAGUAACCACAACAACCACCACCACUCGCCGGGCUCCCAACACACAAACUCUCACGGCCAUGGGUCUCAGGAGGAACGCAAGCGUGGGAGGAGGAAGCGAAGCUCAACGGGGGCUCAACCUGCCAGUGGCUCCCCAAAGAGGAAGUCCUUUCCUGGGCUCAGCUCCACCAAUCACCCAUCAGGAUCCCCACUCAACAUCAACUCCAUGGUGAACAACAUUAACCAGCCUCUGGAGAUCGCUGCCAUCUCUUCCCCGGAGCAGUCUGGAUGCAGCCCCUGUGGUCCAGACAUGGACCAGCCCCCUGUAUUGAAGCGAGAACGCCCUCUGGAGAUGAAUGGCUCAGGAUGCUACUCCUCCGCACCCAGCUCUGAUGACGACUCUGGCUACCCCGCAGACAGCUCCAGCUCAAGAAUUGAAAGGAAGAUUGCCACUAUUUCCUUGGAGAGCAGAGAUGGACCAGGCAGACCAGGGGACAGGGAGCGCGGAAGGAAGUCAGGAGGCAGCAGCAGUAACAGCACAGGAAGUGAGGUCUCCUCUUCAUCUUCCUCCUCAUCCAACAGCAAGUGGAAAUCCACCUUCUCCCCCAUCUCCGACCUCAAGCAGCCCCUGUCCGAGGUGAGGCAGGGGGGCUCCCCCUUUGGCACAGGGAGAGAGCCGCGGGGCCUGGGCACGGGUACGGACUCAGACUCUGAUCACAAACCGCAGCAGCAGAGGAGGGGGUGCGAGGGGGCCGGGGGCGAGCCCUCAGGGUUUCAGGACAUCCCCCUUAACCCCUUCCUUAGCCAGGAGUCUGGGGGCCGGCCGGGGGCAGAGGCCCAGGGAGGAAGCAGCUCUGAGAGGCAGGCCAUGCCCAAACAGAAGCCCCGGGGUGAGUGGGAGCUGAAGACAUCCAGCAGCAUGGGCAACAGCCAGAAUCUCUUCAUCUCUGCAGCCGUCAGCGGGGGUAUCCUGAGCGGCAAGGUAGGGGGCAGCCCUGUAUCUUCAGCCUCAGGGGCCUCUGUGGGACAUUACCUGGGGGCCCAGUUCCCCCUUGGGGGCGCCUCUGUCCUCCAGUCCCUGUUCGGAACCCAGACGUCCGGAACCUCUGUGAGCGGGGCCCCGCGCCUGGUCAAUGGACACUCUUCCCUGGGGAGCUUCUCCAGCGCUGGGCUGGCAGGCAUGUUUCACCACGUGGUGCCCUCAGUGUCCUCCCAUCAGUUUGGGGCUGCGCUGCCAGCCUCAGGAGGCCUCAGCUCUCUGCUCAGUCUCUCCUCCUCCCAGCAGCACCAACAUCCUGCCCCCCAGUCAGGCUCCUCCUUCCUGGCCUCUGUAUCCUCCUCCCUCCCCCUCUCCCAUUCCCAGCACAGCCGCACCCAAACAGUGCUGCACACCCCUCCACCCCCCACGCUCUCCCUGCCCCCUCCACCACCAUAUCUCAACGUCUCCUCCUCCUCAGUCUUGUCCUCUGACCCCAGUCCCUUGUCUCGCUCUGAGGCCUUCCCCUCUUCUCUCCAGCAACAGAGAGUACAGUCCUCCUCUCUCUCUCUCUCGGUCUCCUCCUCCUCUGCUUCUAUCUCCCCCUCUUCUUCACCUUCCUCUCGUAGCUUCACAGUGCACUACCCCCCUCAUCUGCCCCCUCCAACCCAGGCCAGUAGCUCAGGAGGUGGGGUCAGCAUGUGGAGGACUCUGGGCUUGCCUGCUUCCUACACGUCGUCCUCUCAGCACCCUGGCUCCCGGCCUAGAUAGGGCAUAGGGUGAGGGGCGGGUGGGGGAUGUGGUAGGGGGGGUGUGGGUCAAUCAGAGGGAUAAGAGGAAGAGACUGGUAGGGAGAGACACAGAGACAACCUGGUUUUCCUGUGCUUCCAAAGCUGCUAUUCAGUUCUAACAAGGUAACUGAAGAAUAUCUACCUCAACCCAACGUAACCUAUGCAAAUGGACAGGUGUGGACCAAUGGAAAAUACUAUCUCACUCGUGCUCCUAAGCCUGCUAAACCGCCACUGUACUGGGACUCAACACACACACACACACACAGAGCUGAGCACACAUACACACACUGCUUCGGCAACUCACGCUGACACACUCGCAGCAUGGCGUCCUGAGCAGAGUUGAGCGGUCACGGGGGUGUUUGUGUUGUGGGUUGAGGCUGAUAGUAAUCACUGGGUUGUGUUCAUCCCAUCCUUAAUGAAUUGGUAUGCUGUCUAUUCUUAACAUUAUAGUGACACAUGAAACGUUUCCAUGGCAGUAACUUGUAAAGGUACAUCACUGUCACCUUGUAACGUGGUGCUAAUAAGACUUACUAAAUAUACAUAGUUAUUUGUUAAAGACUCACACAUUUGACUACAGAAGAAGUCAGUCAGCAGUGUAGUUUUACAUAUCACUGGUGCCGUUAUAUUAGUAAAGGCAGCCCGUGUGUACAGUGGGAGAUUCGUGUGGGUCUGUCAUCCUAGUAGACAGCAUUCUCCUCUUCUGUCAUUAUCUGACCACCGGGUGCUAUGUUAGACCUCACCCUCCACGCACACCAUCACACACACGCUAGACCAGUCUAACCCAGCUCUGAUCAGGACUAGGCACCAUGCAGCUGUGCCUCACUGCAUCUCUAGCACCCUGCUAUCUAACCCUGAUCAUUUGUUCAGUGAAUGAAAUAUAAUUUGAACACAUUAGCUUUUGGCUAAGUAUAAAACAGGGAGAAGCUGUUUGUUCAAAUGCACUGGGUAACAUAUCUGUGUACCCUGUGACAAUGUCCCUGAAGCAGGGACAGCACUAUAGUCAGCCGUCAGCCCAGAGUAAAAGGUUCUUAGUUAUAUUGGUGUAAUUAUGGUCCGUGUCAAGUCAAAGGAUCAUUUAUGUGAAUAACGUUCGUGUCUGGACAUGAAAUGGUCAGCCCAGAGGUUCUCAUUCACUUAAGUGCUGCCGGCUGAGCUGUGCGUCAACACAUGCAUGAUGUGAACAGCAGAAGGACUGGAGGAUAGAAAGCGGAAACAGGAUUCAGUUACUGAGACAGUCCGUUUAUAAUCACUACUUAUAGAGCCAGCUGGAGUGCUAGGGGCGUAGGGACCCGCAACGCAAUGUGCAUUCUUCACAAGUAGGAAUCUCAACUACUCUUAAUCUAAGCUUCUUUGUUAUGUUUCUAUAUCCCUGCCGAAACACUGAUGUGAUGAAAAUGCAGGUGUAAUUUUGGGACUCAAAUGUUGUUUGUGUUGUAUUCAGGCAAGUCUCUGGAGUCAUAUCUCACUGAGUUCACAGGGUAGAAAUGCUGUCUGUACGUGUCACCUUUUGUCCACUAACACUGUAGUGGCGCUUUCUGCAGCCACUUCAACCUGCACACACUGAUAUAUACAAACACCGCUCACACACUGGGAAAUGCAUGACUAACAAAAACUACUGGGCCAUUUUCACAGCUUUUGAUUGGAUUUUCUAUUUCAUUUUUGUAAACAGUAUUGUACUGUGAAUAAGAGACAUUCUCUGACUGUAUAAUUGUGUAUCAUUUUAGAUUAUUAUAUUUAUGCUGUCAAGUUUCUCCAUUUUGUAAAGUUGUGUUUUUGUUUUCCUGAAACGUGUAACAGUGUAGAAUGCAAUAGGUUUAAGUGUGUACUUGACUCACAGUCUGAAAACAUCAUUGGUGCUACAAUCUGUAUAACUCUGGACUGUGCCUAAUAUUAUUUAUACAAUAUUAAGAACAUCAAUAACUGUCGAUACUUGGUGCUUGUCCACAGGGACAUUUUAAAUGCUAUUUUCUGGCAUUCUUUCUCGUAUUUAAAAUGCAAUUAUCCAAUUGAAUUGUUUUAAGCCUAGCGUACAACUGUAGAGACUGCACGAUUUGAUAAAGCUAUCUUCAACCUACGGCUGACUCAGAGUUAUGAAAACAGGUAACGCUCUCAUUAGAUGUGAUUUUUCACAGUAUUUUUUUGGCAUACUGCGAAACACCCUUUUGCUUUCAGAAACUUGCAAAUUGUUCAGGACUAUUUGUAAAUGCAUGUGACGCUGUGUUUUGUACAGAUAUGUUUGUGUUAAGAAUGGUGUGUAGGUGAAUAAGAAAUGCCUAGAUUGGUUUUGGGGUAUUAUAUUUGUAUGUUGUUGUUUUUUUCAUUUGGUGCUGAUGUGUGACCCACAUCUACAAGCCUGUCAAACAGGUUGGGCUUGGACCCAAGGGAAACAGCAGUGCGGAGUUAUUUAAAUCAGGGCCUUAAUAGAGUGAGUGAAACACCAUGACUGUUCAGUGUCAAUGAGGGCAUGCCAGUCACAUGGCACCGUCACAUGGCACCGUCUCCUCUGAUAUACACAGGGAAACUCGAUGCUUGUACUAUUAUGUGGUUAACACAUACAGAGGGAUAGAUUUGUGCUGCAACUAGACUGUCUUGAUUUGUUCUGGAUUGUAAUCAGAUUUACUUCAUGCUUUUUAAAGAGAAACUUCUACUCUGUGAAACAACAUGCCUUUCAGUCAUUGUAAAAAAAAAUAUUUUAAACUAGAAAAGGUGCUGUUUCAACCAUACAAACUGAUUUUCAGAUAAGGUUCUGCAUUCAAAAGCCAAAACUCAUCUUUCAAUUCUGCCUGUCCUGGGGUAUGUCUUAAAGCCGCCUCCUUCCCAUAGUAUGAGCAUAAUACAUCUGUUGUAAUUACAAGUUAAUUGUUCCAAUAUAACUGUUAGUAGAAUAACUAGUAUGCGUUACGUGGGUUUGCAACAACCAGGCUCCAUUUUGAUCUGAUUGUCAUUUGCCAGUCCUUACUAAUUGAGGAUGUGAAGCAGGAUAUUAAUUUAUCUUCAUUGUUUUGUUUGUUUCAUCUGUAUCUUUGAGGAGAAAUAAGACAUCACAGCUUUAUAGUCACAAUGUUGUCCAGUAGACAACAGUGCUUUGCAAUCAGGAAUGAGGACAAUGAUUUGCUCAUGUCGGUCAUGACCAGAGAAGCUAGUCCCCUGUUAUCAGCACUGACAGGUCUUUUGUAAUUACUGUUAUUGUUGACGUUUUCAUUAUUUUGUUUGUUUGAUAUAAUUGCAGUUGGUAUCAAUUAUGCUUUUAUUAUGACAUAAGAUUCAGAUCAAAUUGGAAUACUCUUAGACAGACAGUACGGUGCUCUCCUACACUUAAAACAAGGAAAAUGCAGCUACUGAUUAAUACACUUCCUCUCCUGUUGUGCUAGAGGAGGGAAAAGGUUUAAUAAAAUUCAACACAAGCUCGCUUGUUGACUUAUUAUUAAUGUCCCGUCUGAAAAUAUACUUCCUAGUUGGCUGGAGUGGCAAUGUGUGUGGGAGAGAGAAUAAUAUUGUGUAGUGAAUAUUGUUACUUCGACGUACCCCAUUUUAAAAAUGUCCCCUAAAGAAGUACACAUGAUCUCUGGCAAAUUUGGAUACAUAUUUAAUACUGUAGUGCAGUAUACUGCUCUAUUAACUUUACAAUUAAGACUGUUUCACAUAACAAGACUCUGAAUCCUGCCAAAGGUCUCACUCAGGAACAUAGCAGAUAUCUUGAAACGAUAUAACACUACUAUGUGCGUCACACUUGUCUAUAAACUGUGACUUCAUUAUCUCUUUCCCUAACUCGGGACCUCUCUUAUAUUUUGAUGUAACUUGAAAAAUCAUAUUGGUGCUUGGAGUUGACAAACUUCCUCGAAGAUGUAUGUUUGUCUCCUCAAUUUCUCACUGUCGCACACAUCCAGCCACUCCAGCAAAAGAUUGCAGCUUUGUGUUCGACUGGUCUGACAAUGUCGUGGAAAAUCCUCUUCUUACACUCACAAAUGCUUCGUCUCACCCCCUCUUUCUGAAAAGGAAUUCAUGUCCUUUUUUUUUUUAAGUGUUGUGAUCCCUACAUAGGGAGAACGCUGUGUAGUUGGACUGAAUUUGGACUCUGGAUCAGUAGAACUAAGGGCAGGUUUGAGGUGCAAUAACAGCAAACACACGUUUCAAAACGUCUUGGGCUGUCAUGGGAACUCUUGUUUGGUGUUGGUGCUAUUAUCUUAGAUGUGUAAUGACAAAUUGAAAUUUGCUUUUGUUUAUUUCCCUUUUUAUGAUAAUUAUUAAUAAAAUGGUUUCUUAUAAAGUA